AUGACUCGCAAGAUUCUCUGCGUGGCAGAGAAGCCUGCAAUCGCUCGCGCCGUGGCCACGCAUAUGUCAGGCGGCUCUUUCCAGACUCAUGCAAUCAGAGGAAAUCAAUAUGUCAAAAAUUAUGAGUUCGACUUCAAUUUUGGUCCUCCAUGGGGGAACUGCUCGGUGACGAUGACCAGUGUGAUCGGUCACCUCACUGGUCUGGAUUUUGAUCGUCAAUACAAGGGCUGGAUGUCCUGUCCACCCGGAGCUUUGUUCGAGGCUCCGGUACAAGAGGAUGUGGAUAAGGACAAAAAACCCAUUGCGGAUAAUAUUCGGAAUCAGGCCAGGUACAGCAAAGCACUGUUCAUCUGGACCGAUUGUGAUCGAGAAGGCGAGCAUAUCGGCUCUGAAGUUCGCAACCAAGCAAAGGCUGGCAACGCUAGAAUUGAGGUCAAGCGAGCCAGGUUCAGCAACACGGAAAGAGCCCAUGUUCUCCAAGCAGCUCGAGAGCCAGUUGAACUGGAUGAGUUCCAGGCAAACGCAGUUGCUGCUAGAAUAGAGCUUGAUUUACGGAUUGGCGCGGCUUUUACUCGUUUGCAGACUCUCCAGCUUCAGGCUGUGUCUGCCAUCUUGAAGGAAAAGGUCAUUAGCUAUGGCUCAUGCCAGUUCCCCACACUGGGAUUUGUGGUUGAUCGAUACCUCAGAGUUCAAAACUUCAAACCCGAGACCUUCUGGAGCAUCAAAGUCAUGCUUCAGCGGGAAGGCAAAAAGGUCAAUUUCCUCUGGAGACGUGUUCACCUCUUUGAUCGUGCAGCCGUCACAAUGAUGCUGGAACGGUGCCUCAUGGCGAAGCAGGCGAAAGUGACAAAAGUGAACCAGAAAUCAAAAAGCAAAUGGCGACCUCUUCCUUUGACAACGGUGGAUCUCCAGAUGAUGGGCAGUCGCUUUCUUCGCAUAGACAGUCAAACCAUCAUGAAGGUCGCCGAGGCGCUUUAUACAAAGGGAUUUAUCAGCUAUCCCCGUACCGAGACAGAUCAGUUCGACAAGGCCAUUGAUCUGAAGAAGCUGGUUGAGAAACAAUUCCCGGACAAUCAAUGGGGUCAAUACGCCAAAGACCUCAUUGAUGGCAAAUUUCGGACCCCUAGACCUGGUCGUCACAAUGACAAAGCCCACCCGCCCAUUCAUCCGGUCUGCUGGGUAUCACCUAGCCAAUUGAACGCCAAUGAAAAGAAGGUCUACGAAUUUGUAGUCCGACGGUUCCUAGCUUGCUGCUCGGAGGAUGCCAAAGGCCAAGGGACUGACAUUGAAAUCCAAUACGGGGAAGAGUUCUUCCACGCCAGUGGCCUGAUCGUUUUGGAGAGGAAUUAUCUCGAUGUCUAUGUCUACGACAAAUGGGAAAGCAGUCAGCAGCUUCCAAAUUUUGAGAGAGGAGAGGUGUUUGAGCCUACCGAGGCCAAUAUCUACGAGGGGAAAACUACGGCUCCGAGUUACUUGACAGAACCCGAGCUCAUCGGUCUCAUGGAUGCCAAUGGCAUUGGUACCGACGCGACAAUGGCCGAGCAUAUUGCCAAAAUCAAGGAACGUGAAUACGUUGUGGUCAACACCCGCGGCAGUGGCAGGAGCAAAGUCGAGGAGCUGAUUCCCACCCGGCUGGGCAUUGCACUUGUGGAGGGGUACGAUAAUGUUGUUGCGGGUCUUCCAAACAGCAUCUCCCUAAGCAAGCCGUUCCUUCGUAAAGAAAUGGAAUUGCGAAUGCUCGAGAUAUGUGCAGGCUCUAAGACUCGUCAGGAGGUAGUACAGCAAAGUCUUGACAUGUACCGGGAAGUCUUUAUUCAUACUCAACGGCGUAUCGAGAUGUUGAAAGCAGCAUGUCGAAAGUACCUUAACGAGCAACCAGCGUCUUGA